AUGAUCUACUCUUCUGGAAGAGAAUCCUACUUCAACCUGAACUCCACCUGGUACGACCCCUCGGGGUCGUGGCUGGACACCCGGCGCACCCCGUUCCGCUACGGCUACGCCAACUGCUGCUCCUCGGGCUGCGACGGCGAGGGCGUCGAGGGCAUGAGGGGCCACGACUACCGGCACUACGGCUACAGGCAGCCCGUCUGCUCCGAGAGGUGCCAGGGCUACGGCUCCUCCGAGUGCUGCCACGGGGGCUCCGCCUGCGUCCGGAGACCCACCUACAGCUACGGCUCCUCGGGGGGCUGCCAGGGCUACGGGAGGUCCGUCUGCUCCGAGAGGUGCCAGGGAUCAGCAGGCUCGUGCCACGGAGGGGGCUCGAGCUGUGUCAGGAGACCCACGUACAGCUCGGGGUCGUCAGGGGGGUGCCAGGGCUACGGCAGGUCGGUGUGCUCAGAGACGUGCCACGGCUCGGGGUACCAGGGGGGCAAGGCGUAA